CAAAAAGGAGGUGAGGGGAAAAGGUUUAGGCUCCCCUGUUACCUCUCUUUUCCCCAACAUUUUGUUGUGGAUAAGAAAAUGUCCUCAAGUGUCUAUCAAGGGUUGCAAUCAUGCCCGGAGCAAAGGCUCGAAUCACGUUUUUUGAGGCUGAAACUAGCUCCACCAAAAAUGAAUUUUCCUGGCUCCAUUGCUCCUCCUAAGCCCUGUUUCACUAACCCUGCCCCUACCGAGCCCAAACCUAUGCCCUAUAAUGAAGAAAAAAACACCGCCAUCACCAACAAUAAGAGCAACAUAAAUGAUUGCAAAACAAUUGGCAAUCAAAAUUUUGACAUGGGCGGCUGGAGUUUCCUCCAGUCCCUCUCCAACGCAGAAGAUUCUACCGAGCAUGACAAAGUUUACGUGCAUCCUCUCGUUAAGCCUUCAGCUUCAGCGCUAAGUGAAAAAAGUCUUAAAAUGUGCACCGAAAGCUUGGGUAGUGAAACCGGAAGUGAAGUUAGCGACAGCAGCGAUGACAUUUUCUUGCUUUCAUUAGAAACUGAGGCUUGCAAUCCAUCGAAACCAAGGGAAAAUUUGGUGACAAGAAAAAUGAGUCGUGGCAGCAACUUUCCACCUCCUUUGACAUCCAUUAGCGGUUCCAAUGGUGUUCAAGUUAGGUCUCAACGAGAAGGCGGCCGCCUAGUUCUUCAAGCCGUAACUAUCCGUCCUUGUCAUAGUUUCUUCCAUGUAGAACGAAGUGAUGGCAGGCUCAGGCUUUCCCUUUUGAAGGAUUCCGACAAAGAUGGCGAAGAGGAAGACCAAGAAGAGGCAGUAGGAGAAGAUGAAAAUGGCAAAGUAGAUUAUGAAGAAAAUGGAAUAGAAGGAGAAGUGGAAGAAGAGGAGUGUCAUUGGGGAGCUGAGGAUAUGGAAGGAAAUAGUGCCAAUGCUGGGGGUGAAAUUGGAAAAGGGAAGUUUCCUAGGCCAAGCAGCUGCAAAGAAAAAGGGCGUGGGCACAAAGGUUUGCUUCAUUGGGAGCAAUUCUUGCUGGCUACUUGAAAGCUUAAAGUUGAAGAUUUUUCUCCCUAAUUUCCCAUUUUCUCCCUUUAUUUUUUAUUUCUAAUUUCCGUUUGAGAUUAACGAA